AUGGGUAAUCUCGUCGGCAAGGCCGCGAGCGGCGUCGCCGGCAUCGUCUUCGAGCCGUUCCGGUCGCUCGUCGACUGCGGUGGCGUUUGCUCGGGGGGAUCAUGGGACGUCUCCUGCUUCAUGGAGCACCUGUGCGUCGUCAGUUUGUUCAAACUGUUCAUAUUUCUUGUACUCUCGUUCGUCAUGCUGUACGUGAUGUGCAAAGUGGGGCUCAAGUGCGUGGUGAAGAGAGCCUGCAGGGCGGGCAUGUCGGCCUGCUCGUGCUCCUGCCACGCGCUGCGCUUCCUCUGCCACAAGCUGCGGACCCUCAAGCGUGUGCGCGGCGGCCGCCGCGGGCGCCGGUACGACGUGGAGGAAGGAGCAUGGGGCGGGUCGGGCUCCGGCUGGAUCAGCUCAAGCGAGGAAUGCUCAUCGGAAGGCGGCGGCGACGAUUGGCGCCAUGGCAGAGGCAGGGCAAGAGAAGGGUGGUCACCCGCGAGGGGGAGAAGGCAAAGCAGGAUGCGGGAGUCUCUGGGCCCGAGGAAACCGAGCUUCAAGAACAAGACCACCAGGAGGAGCUAUCCAUGACAUGAGAGGAGUGGGAUUGUGGUAGGCCGAUGAAUAUGUUUCUCAAAUAACUAGAUGUCUCUAAUGAGAGGGAUUUUACCAUGUUUACGAGACACGAAGGUGAGAUAAUAUGUGUCAUUUAUCUGCAAGGGGCAAUGUACAUUAAAAAAAAGUUAUAAUAAGUAGCCUUGAUGUAAAUAUGAUGGUAUUAGAAUAUCAAGUGUGUCUUUCAUACACAUGAAAAACAA